CCCCGCACGCACGCGACGCAAAGACGUGAGGAGGAUGUUUUUUCUUCCACCACAUCCCAGACUUUGAAAAUCUGUCUCCUCCCCGCGCUGCGUCGAUGCACUUGUAGACUAAACAGCUGUCUCACUUGGCUUUCUGCGUGUCUGACGAGGCGAGAACCCCGAAGGUACUGACACCUUCAUCAUCAUCAUCAUCCUCCUCCUCUUCCACCUCAUCGUGGUGCCGCAGCAGCCAAAGCGGUGAGUGCGUCCUGCAGCAGCAGCAGCAACAACAGCAGCAGUAACGGCACCUGUCUAUUUUUCCCAGGACGGGCUUUUCUUGUUUUUUUAAUUGUCUUAGGAGUGAAAACAAGGUAGAAACACCGCCGCAGAACCGUAAAUGCCGAUAGCUCCAUGUGCAGACAUUUGCGCCGGUGAAAAUUAGGCAUCGAGCCCUUGAUGAAGCACGGUGACGCUGUGGGGAGCAUUUUUAGUGCAUCCCUUUGAAAACACACAGGCACACACACACACACGAAGAUAGCAAGGAGCCUUUUGGAUGCAAACACUUCCCAGGGGAUGAUGAGAGGCUUCCUGCUGACUGCAAUCUUUCUGUUGCCCUUGGUGGCCUCCGAGUCUGAGCACUGCGUAAUAAAGCGUGAACAUGAUAAAUGCAUGGAGAGGAUCGCAAUGCACAAAUCAGAUGGAGAAGAAUAUGCAUGUGAUUGGAUGUGGGACAAUCUUACCUGCUGGCAAGCGGCCAAUGUUGGGGAGGUUGUGGAGGUUAACUGUCCGGAGCUCCUUCAUGACUACACGGUCCCUGAAGAUGAAAUGGGGAAGGUCAGUCGUAACUGUACUGAAUAUGGAUGGUCAGAGCCUUUUCCUCACUAUGCGGAAGUCUGUUUCUUCUAUGACAACACUACCAAACUUGAUCCAUACUACGCAUCAGUCAAAGCCCUCUACACAGUCGGCUACAGCACGUCGCUUGUGUCUCUGACUACAGCCAUGGUUAUUCUCUGCAGGUUCAGGAAGCUCCACUGCACCAGGAACUUUAUUCACAUGAAUCUGUUUGUGUCCUUCAUUUUGAGAGCCAUCUCAGUCUUCAUCAAGGACGGCGUGUUGUACGCUCAGGAAGACAGCGACCAUUGCUUCGUGGACACAGUGGCAUGUAAAGCAGUGAUGGUUUUCUUCCAUUACUGUGUCAUGUCCAACUAUUUCUGGCUGUUCAUUGAAGGUCUGUAUCUCUUCACUCUGCUGGUGGAGACUUUCUUUCCCGAGAGACGCUACUUCUACUGGUAUACCAUUGUUGGGUGGGGAACUCCCACAAUUUGUGUGACUGUUUGGGCUGUUCUGAGGCUCCAUUUUCAUGACACUGGAUGCUGGGAUACGAAUGAGAACACUGCCCUCUGGUGGGUGAUCAAAGGACCUGUGGUGGCAUCUAUAAUGAUCAAUUUCGUCCUCUUCAUUGGAAUAAUCGUGAUCCUGGUCCAGAAGCUGCAGUCGCCUGAUAUCGGAGGAAAUGAAUCGAGCAUUUACCUCAGCUGUGCUCAGAAAUGCUUCAGUGAGCCCACACAGGCUGUUCAGCAUUCGUGCAGGAUGUCAGAGUUAUCCACCAUCACACUGCGUCUGGCACGCUCCACCCUCCUGCUCAUCCCUCUCUUUGGUAUUCACUACACCGUGUUCGCCUUCUCACCUGAAGAUGUCAGUAAGAGGGAGAGGCUUGUGUUCGAGCUGGGCCUUGGAUCCUUCCAGGGCUUUGUGGUGGCUGUCCUCUACUGUUUCCUCAAUGGAGAGUUUCUCCCUGAAGGUGCAAUCGGAGAUCAAGAGGAAAUGGCGCAGCUGGACGGUGAACCGGUACUUUGCUGUGGACCUGAAGCAGCAGAGGCAUCCUUCGUUGGCCAGCAGUGGAGUGAACGGCGGGACUCAACUGUCGAUCCUCAGCAAGAGCAGCUCGCAGAUACGCAUGUCGAGCCCGCUGGCGGAGAAUGCCAACAUCAGCCUCCCGACCUGAGCAUCUGAUUUGCUAGAAUCAACUUCAAGGUGCCGUUCCACUUACCUACAUCAGACCAACCAGAGCAGACCAAAGUGGCCCCUCAAACCUCUUGCAUGUAGUUAAUUCACCUUUAGAAAAUUAAUCUUUCUGAAAACAUUUACUGGAGAUUUUAUGUCUUUAUAAUUUAAUAUUGAAGUAAUAUAUUUAAUUUAUCUCACUACCUUAGACUACUUUAGGUUGCAAUUUUUAUGAUUAAUGACUUAAAAUGAAUAUUUUUGCACAACUUAAAUUACAUUUUAUUGAUUUAAA